UUUUCAGCGUGCGAGAAAUAUGUUUCGUACAAUAAACGGAACAGAGCUCAUGAGACCACCCAACUCUCUCUCGCAAGCACACGCGCCAACGCCAUCUCCGUCAAAUCCAAGAACCACCACAUUUUUCUUCACCCAACAAUUUUAAUCCCCAAAAUGCCCUUCUAGUUCAAAGAAUCGGUUCUCUCCUCUCUCUCAGAAGCGUUUAUGCCUUUCAGUUUCUUUUCAGAACAGAACGCAACACAGCAAGAGCUCCUUUAAAUUCUCUCUCUCUCUCUCUCUCUCUCUCUCUCUCUCUCUCUCUCUCUCUCCCCCAGAGGAAAAACAGUUGGUCAGCGUGAAGGGUAUAUUGUACUGUCAGAGUAACUUCGAAUACAGUCUCUCGCGUCACUUGUCUACUGAAUGUCUCUGUUAGAGGAGGAACGGUGAUUGGGGUCUGUGAGGGGAUUGUGUUCAGCACAAGGAUGCCGACGCUGGCAUAGCUACUUGGCUAUCUAGAUAUUGGAUUGGAAAUCAAGUGGAACAUGGAUUAGACGACACCAACUUCAACAAGAGCCUCCAGGGUUUGUUGGUCAUGAACUGACAUUCUACUUGUCUGGUGACAACAUAUUAAUCGUUACGUAGUGGCAUUCAGCCUUGUUUUUUAUACUAAUGGAAGCCUCACCUCAAGGACAAAAGCCUCCUCGCAAAUUUCUGUCGACUGGAACCCAGAAAGAUCUUUGCUUUGUUGUGCGAGAAGGAUCAUUGGCUGAUGUGGAUUCAGCACUAGGUUUACUGAAGAAGAGUGGUGGUGAUAUAAAUUCAAGAAACAUUUUUGGUCUCACUCCUCUUCAUAUUGCAACAUGGAGAAACCACAUUCCCAUUGUUAGGAGGCUUCUUGCGGCUGGCGCUGACCCAGAUAUUAGGGAUGGGGAAUCUGGAUGGAGUAGCCUUCACAGAGCUCUCCAUUUUGGUCAUCUUGCAGUGGCAAGUAUACUUCUCCAGUCUGGUGCUUCUAUCACACUAGAGGAUUCUAAAUCUCGAACACCUAUUGAUCUCCUCUCUGGGCCUGUCUUGCAAGCUCUUCAAAAUGGACACAACUCUGUUACGACGGAGGUUUAUAGUUGGGGAAGUGGUACAAACUAUCAACUUGGAACUGGAAAUGCACACAUACAAAAGUUACCAUGCAAGGUUGAUGUUCUUCGUUGUUCUUUAAUCAAGUUGGUUUCUGCUGCUAAGUUCCAUAGUGUGGCAGUCACUUCUCGAGGAGAAGUCUACACUUGGGGGUUUGGAAGAGGAGGACGACUUGGUCACCCUGAUUUUGAUAUACACAGCGGUCAAGCUGCAGUUAUCACACCGCGUCACGUGACAUUUGGUAUAGGGUCCCGUCGGGUGAAGGCAAUUGCGGCAGCUAAACAUCACACCGUUAUUGCUACGGAGGGUGGGGAAGUGUUCACCUGGGGGUCCAAUAGAGAGGGUCAGCUUGGCUACACUUCCGUGGAUACCCAACCUACACCUCGUAGAGUGAGUUCCCUUAGGUCAAAAGUUGUUGCAGUUGCUGCCGCCAACAAGCACACUGCUGUUGUUUCAAACGGUGGUGAAGUUUUCACAUGGGGGUGCAAUAGGGAAGGUCAGCUUGGCUAUGGUACAUCUAACUCUGCUUCAAACUACACCCCAAGAUUAGUUGAAUCCUUGAAAGGCAAGGUUUUUAAAGGGGUUGCAGCAGCAAAAUAUCACACAAUUAUAUUGGGAGUUGAUGGGGAGGUAUACACUUGGGGUCAUCGCAUUGUCACGCCAAAACGUGUUUUAAUUGCAAGAAACUUGAAAAAGAGUGGAACUACCACUUUGAAGUUUCAUCGCAAGGAACGGCUUCAUGUGGUUUCUAUAGCUGCAGGGAUGGUAUAUAGCACAGCUCUGACAGAUGAUGGCGCAUUAUUUUAUUGGGUGUCAUCAGAUCCGGAUUUCAGAAGCCAGCAGCUGUAUUCAUUGAGUGGAAGAAGUAUGGUGAACAUAUCUGCAGGGAAAUACUGGACUGCCGCAGUUACAGCUACAGGUGAUGUUUACAUGUGGGAUGGGAAGAAUGGUAAGGAUAAGCCACCAGUUGCGACUCGGUUACAUGGUACGAAGCGGGCUACUUCAGUUUCUGUAGGCGAAACACACUUGUUGAUUAUUGGCUCCCUUUAUCACCCUGCCUACACUUCCAAUAACCCUCCGAAGCAGAAGUCAAAUGCCAAAGAUGAGCUAGAAGAGCUUGAUGAAGAUCUUAUGUUCAAUGACAUGGAGUCUGACAAUGUUUUACCUACUAUCCAAAAUGAUGAUGCUGGGAAGAAGCCCAUACCGAGCUUGAAAAGUCUUUGUCAAAAAGUGGCUGCAGAGAAUCUAGUGGAGCCACGAAAUACUAUUCAACUGCUCGAAAUUGCCGAUUCACUUGUGGCAGAUGAUUUGCGGAAGUACUGUGAGGAGAUUGCCAUACGCAACCUUGACUAUAUUUUUACGGUAUCAUCACAAGCUAUUGCUAGUGCUUCACCAGAUGUUCUAGCUAACCUUGAAAACGUAUUGGACCUAAGGUCAUCUGAACCAUGGAGUUACCGUUGUUUCCCAACUCCUACAGCUACUUUUCCUGCUAUUAUUUAUAGUGAAGAGGAAGAUAGUAAUGGUGAGGUUCAAAGGACGCGUGACGGCCAUACAGAGCAAUCCAUCUGGAAAAAUGAAAUCCACCAAAGAGCAGAUUCCUUUCUUCAACCCAAAGAUGAUCCAAAUCAUGGUAUUGAAAAGCAAGUUCGAGCCUUGCGGAAAAAGCUGCAGCAGAUUGAGAUGCUUGAAGCAAAACAGUCUAGGGGGGAAGUUCUUGAUGACCAGCAAAUUACAAAGCUCCAAACGAGGUCAGCUCUAGAGAGCUCGCUGGCUGAGCUUGGUGUUCCAGUUGAGACACCACAGUUGAAGACACCAUCGUCAGUUUUGCUAGAUGGAAAAGUGAACAAAAAGGUUGAGCCAUCAAAAAAACAGAAGAAAAGGAACAAAAAGAUGGCAACACAAGUGGAAAUAGGGUUGUGUUUUUCGGGAAAUGAAGGAGAACUAAACCAUGCUAAUGGUUUCUUGAAUACUGAAACCUCUCAAACCUCAAAGGAUAAGGAGGAGGAUGCCAUGAUCGAAGGGAUUGCGACAAGCCAAACCAAUCAAGAGUCAGCUUUGUGUGUUAAGAAGGACAAUUUAAACCUAACAAAUAACAAGUGUUCAUCACCAAUAGUGUCCAAGAAGAAGAAUAAAAAGGGUGGGCUUUCUAUGUUCUUGAGUGGCGCUCUUGAUGAUGCCCCCAAGCAUGUUGCACCCCCUCCACCAUCCCCAAAAAGUGAAGGCCCGGCAUGGGGUGGUGCUAAAUUUUCCAAAGGGUUUGCAUCCCUUCGCGAGAUUCAGGAUGAGCAAAGCAGAACCAAGGAGAGUCGGUCAACUGGGAACAAAAGUCACCCAGAAGAUCCUUUCGAUGAUAGAAGCGAUGGAAAGAUUCGUCUGAGUUCUUUUUUACCUUCCAAGCCAAUACCAUUGGUUUCAACCCAUACUCCACUGGCAUCUGAUGGAGACAGAGGUACACCUUCUUGGACUGCUUCAGGAACUCCUCCCCUUGUUUCUCGCCCAUCUCUGAGGGACAUCCAAAUGCAGCAGGGCAAGCAACACCAGAGUGUAUCCCACAGUCCAAAGACAAAAACCACCGGAUUCUCAGUCACAAGUGGUCAGGGAUCGCCACUGGAUACUUCUGGAGUGAACCGGUGGUUCAAACCGGAGGUAGAUCAACCGUCACCAAUUCGGUCAAUUCAGAUCGAGGAAAAGGCUAUGAAGGAGCUUAGGCGCUUCUACGACAGUGUUAAGAUUGUCAAGAAGCCGAUGGUAAAUUAGGUAGAAAUUUAGGCACCUCCCUGUUUUUUCCUUUCAAAUCCAUAAAGUUGCAGCACUUGUUUUCUCCUCAUCCUCCCUUUUAUCCUCUCUUUUUUUUGGACCAUUUUUCCUCUAUGAUUUUAGGUUAGGGCAAUAACUGGUGGGCUGUGUGAAGGAUAACGAUAAUUGCAGAGGUGGCGGCAUCACAAGAGACCAUGCAGGAUAGAUAUCGUCAUGAGAGUCGAACAUGAGACCCCUACUUACUAAUAAUGAAGAGUGAGAACAUGCGGCCACUACUUACCAAAUUGUAUAGAUUAAAAGUUUGUGAUUUUUUUUUUUUAUGUUUUUGGCCCAAGCCUGAGGUAUUCUACACCUCGAAGGAUAGGACUAAUUGCCAAUGAGGUCCCAAAUUGCCAUGUCUCAUCAUACUUUCCUUUUCCUUUUCCUAUAAAUGUAAUCAUACUUUCCUGUUCCUGUAAAUGUAUCGCCAUGUCUCAUGCAUUUUGUGCAUAAUAUUUUCUUCAA